UUGUGUCGGAAUAUACGUGAUUUCAUGUUUGUUCUUUCAAUACUAUUGUGCUAUUAGUUGUGUGGUUUAAAAUUCAUUAUUUUUAAACUUUUAAUACUUAUUAAGAUGUUAAUUUAGUAUGUGUUGAUUAUUUUAUAUCAGCUACUUGCGUAAUGGAUACUAGAUCAACGCGUUUACUCACACUAGGAUCAAACAAAAUGUGGUUGAAAUGGACGUUGAUUGCUAUGAUUGCGUUUUCAACGACAGGCGUGGCCGAAGGACACGUCAACAUAACAACUCGAAAAGAAUCAACUAUGCCACCAUUUGCGGCAGAAAACGUCACUGAGUACGACGAAAUGGCCAACUAUACGGAUGAAGAAUAUGCGAAUUACAUAGAAAAUUAUGUUACACCCCAAAAAUCGGAAUGGGUAUUUAUAGUCAUGCACUCUAUGGUUUUCGUUGUCGGACUUAUUGGAAACGCUUUAGUCUGCGUGGCCGUUUACAGGAAUCGAACAAUGCGAACGGUAACGAAUUAUUUCAUCGUUAACUUGGCGGUGGCUGACUUUUUAGUGAUCCUAAUCUGCUUACCACCAACUGUGGUGUGGGAUGUCACAGAAACAUGGUUCAUGGGCACUCUAGCUUGCAAAAUGGUUUUAUACUUUCAGACCGUCUCCGUAACCGUGUCAGUAAUGACGUUGACGUCAAUUUCUAUCGACCGUUGGUACGCCAUCUGUCAUCCUUUAAAGUUCAAAUCUACCACCAGCCGUGCCAGAACCGCCAUUAUUAUCAUAUGGAUUGUGGGACUCGCCUCAGAUAUUCCAGAGCUGUUGGUGUUGGAAGCCGUCGGAAAGACAAAACGGUUUUCGUCUAUUUAUUUGACACAAUGCGAAGCUCUCUGGAGCCAAGAGUCUGAGACUACCUAUCAAAUCGCCAAGACAAUCAUGCUUUACAUCCUGCCCUUAUUGCUCAUGUCGAUUGCCUACUAUCAGAUUGUUCGGGUGCUAUGGAAAUCCGACAACAUACCAGGACACACAGAAACCGUACAAAUGUUCAAUGCCAAUGCUUACAACGGGUUCAACCGAACAGCGACGAUGGGGUGUACCAGCACGAUGGCUCAGAUAAAAGCCAGAAGGAAAGCGGCGAAAAUGUUGGUGGCAGUUGUGGUCAUGUUCGCGCUGUGCUUCUUUCUCGUGCACCUGAUGAACUUGUUGAGAUUUACGGUGGGCAUUCAACAGUCGCAGGCAACAGCUCUAGUUUCAAAUUUAAGUCAUUGGCUGUGCUACGCUAACAGCGCAGUGAAUCCGCUGAUAUACAACUUUAUGAGUGGCAAAUACCGUAACGAAUUCAAACGGUUGUUCCUCUGUUGGGGAUCGCACAGGCAGAAUCGCCUGCGUCGUGGAGCGCACACGUCCCGUAGUGGCACGUACAUUUGCCGAUUCACGAUGACCACAAUGAAGACAGAUAACGUGAGCUUUGGGCUAUCGCCUGAAGACAUUCAGUGAAUAUAAUACUAAGGUGACACGGCGGAGACGAGACUACUAUAAUAAUAUUAUACUCGCUCAAAGGCGACCUAUAUUUUUUUUUUUAGUCUUCUUAUUUUGGCUUCUAUACGUAUAUGUUACAUAUUAUAUGUGUGAGUAUGUUUAUAUAUAUAAAUAAGAUUUGUGGUCAAAUUUUUCCCAUUUAUAUAUAACCAUGACUUUCUAUAUGUGUGUACAGAAAAAAGAUACGUGCUGGCGAGUGCACUCGGAAUUAUCGAUAUAAUAAUAUAAUAUAUACUAGUCGCACGUGUCCGGCGAUCUCCUAUCAUCUUCCACCCACCUAUACCCUUGAUAAAAGUCUGACGGCUGUUUCCUCGAGAAUACGACACAUAAAUAUAUGUAUAUACAAUUUAUUCAGGUCUUCUUUCAAAUAUAUAGUUUUUAAUAUAUAUUUGAGAUUUUCUAUACCAUAUAAUAUAUAUAUAUACAUACUUACAAUACCAUUUA